AUGGAGGACAAGUACGCUACUGUGUCUCUCGACCCGAAGUCGAUCUCUGUAAUUCCGACGCCUGUGACGUCCCGUCGCCUGAGGAAAUCACCGAGACGCUUGUUAGCUAUGAGCGCCGCUGCGGUGAUUGUCGUGCUGUUCGUCGCAUCUCACUGCUGCCGCGGAACGCAGUUACACCAUCACUUGGGAGCGUUCGGCAUAGCACAAAGCACAAUUUCCAGACCUGUCCAUGGCUACGGGCACCCCCUGAGAGGUAAGGCGGCGGAAGAACUUCUCUUGUCUAUCCCCUCCGAGGCAAACGCCAUCCUCUCUUCACGCAAAUAUGCUGGCCAGCCCCACAUGGCAGGCACCCCCGGUGAUCUUUUCACUGCCAAGUCCUUCCUGAGUCUCCUUCAGACUGAGUUUGGCGUCGAUACCUCUUCUGGUGCGGAGCCUAUCUAUGCGGCUGGUUCGCCGGAGUCGCAGAACGCAACGCGGGGCAUCUCCAAGCGCAACACGCCCAGCGCAUGGAUUGAUACGUACUACCCCGUGCUGAACGCGCCGCUUGACCGGUCUCUCGAGAUCGUGGGCGAGGAUGGGGAGACCAUAUGGAAGGCGGAGCUGGAGGAAGUGGCGAGCGAUGUAGAUCCGUAUGCGAGCAAGUAUGCAGAGGCCGUACCGACGUGGCACGGGAUUAGCAAGGGAGGUGUUGCAGAGGGAAAGCUAGUAUACGCGCACUACGGAAGGAAACAGGACUAUGACGCGUUGGAGGAGGCUGGCGUGGACUUCAGUGGCAAAAUUGUCAUUGCUCGCUAUGGUGGUAACUUCCGCGGAUUGAAGGUCAAGCGUGCUCAAGAGCUUGGAGCAGCCGCGGUACUCAUCUACUCCGAUUUGCGAGAUGAUGGUACCGUGACAGUUGAAAACGGCUACAUUCCGUAUCCGCUUGGGCCUGCUCGCAACCCGACAUCGGUCCAGCGUGGAUCGGUGCAGUUCUUGUCGCUAUACCCCGGCGACCCUUCCACGCCUGGUUAUCCGUCGUACGAGAAUGCGACUCGUGGCGAAAGUCCGAGCAAGCCGACUAUCCCCAGUUUGCCAAUCUCAUGGGCUAACGCGGAGGUGUUGCUGGAGGAGGCCAAGCUUGGCGACGAAGGACGCACGAUUCGUCUGGUGAAUAAUGUUGACGAAAAGGUGACCCCCAUCUGGAACACUAUGGGAGUCAUUCCAGGCCACAUCAAAGAUGAAGUUGUCAUCCUUGGCGGUCAUCGUGACGCUUGGGUUCUUGGAGCUACUGACCCCUCUUCUGGUACGGUCUCUACUGUUGAGGUGGUGCGAGCGUUAGGCGCCUUGAUCAAGAAAGGCUGGCAACCUCUCAGGACUAUAGUUAUUGCAAGCUGGGAUGCGGAAGAGUACGGUCUGAUAGGAAGCACAGAGUACGGCGAAGAUUUUGAGGACUGGAUCAAUGAGCACGUAGUAGCGUACAUAAACAUUGAUUCUUCUACAUCUGGAUCGAAGCUUCGCUCGUCAGCGUCCCCGCUACUUGCGCACCUUCUGCGUGACACUGCAGAGCAGAUCCCUCACCCUACUGCACUGAACCGCACUUUGUGGGAUGCACGUUUGGACAAUGGCGAACUGUAUGGUGGCCAGGUUGACGCUGAAGUAGUGGAUAUGCACGAAGCCGACCUGUUGGCGCAGGACAGCAUUGGCGUCACGCCAUUGGGCUCCGGCAGUGACUACACCCUCUUUUUGCAACAUAUCGGAAUUCCUAGCACGGAUGGAGGUUUCAAGUCAACUUUGCAUGAUCCUGUUUAUCACUAUCACUCUGUCUUCGACUCUGAGACGUGGCAAGAGUUAUAUGGCGACCCAGGAUUCCAUCGCCAUAUAGCGGUUGCUAAGCAUCUUGGUCUACAACUUCUGCGGCUGAGUGGUGAUUGGAUCCUGCCUUUCAAUACCACACACUACUCGUACGAGCUAGAAGUGCAGGUCGAGCGGGUCGAAGCUAUUGCAUCGAACCUCGCUCCUGAAUUAGACUUUUCGUCUUUGGAAGAAUCCGUCCGAAAAAUGCAAGCUGCCAGCAUAGCCCUUGACGUUGAGAGAACGGAGGCUGAGCACCAGCUCCAAACAGCUAUCAUCCACUAUUAUCACCGACACUACAUUAGUGAUCGUGUCCGUAAGGCAAUCUGCAAGAUCAAGAAAGCUCUAGGCAAGGAGUGUGACGCAACUAGCGGUCGCUCUAGCCGCAAGCUUGUUGAGGCAAUCGAGCGUAUCCAGGAGGUGAAUCACAAGCUGAUAGCUUUCGAGAGAGGAUUCAUCUCGAAAGAUGGCUUAAAAGACCGUGAAUGGUAUAAGCAUCUUGGUGUUGCUCCCGGUAGAUGGCUAGGAUAUGGUGCAACGACUCUACCCGGACUGACGGAGGCUUUGACCCUCGACAAUGACAUUGAAGCUGCUGCUUAUGAGAUACGACGGUUGGCAGAGGCUCUUCACUCCAUCGCUGGAAUGCUGCAAAUCUAA